AUGAAUUCAUUGAUAAUUAUAGUCUUUAUAAUAGCAAUUAUUGUACGAAUUGGUGAAUCUUAUAAUGACGAGAAUCAGAUUGAAUCGCACGGAAUGUAUUUCCCAAUGUCUGUACACUCAGAAAACGAUGCAAUGAAAUAUUUGAAUCAAUUUGGAUAUAUGGAGAAAAUGCCAAUUAAUAUGACAAUGAGUUCACCGCAAAUGAAACCAAUACUUACAGAUUAUCAAAGAUUUAUGGGAAUCCAAGAAACGGGAGUUUUAGAUGAAAAUACAAUGCGAAUGAUGAAUGAGCCGCGUUGUGGUGUCAAAGAUAAUAUCUUGAGUCAAACUUUACGCCCCUAUAAUAUGAAACUGAAGAAACGUUUGCGAAGAUAUUCAUUACAGGGAAGUAUGUGGCAGACGAAGAAUAUUACGUGGAAAGUAACCCAAUACUCAACACAAGAUAAUCUUCGGGAAAAAGAUAAACAUAUCGAUAAACUCAUGAAAUAUGCAUUACAUGAGUGGAGUAAACACAGUGGACUUAAUUUUAUUCAUGAAAGAGGUGACAAAAAAGCUAUGAUUGAGAUUGGCUUUAAAGUGAUGGAUCACAGGGACGGUAACCCUUUUGAUGGCCCGGGAAGGACUUUGGCGCACGCAUUCUUCCCACAGUUUGGUGGAAAUACACAUUUUGAUGAUCACGAACGUUGGAGUAUUGAUGGCAAGCGAGGGGUCGACCUCUUAAGUGUUGCGGUUCAUGAGUUUGGACACGCCUUAGGUUUGGGUCACUCCGAUAAUAAGGAUUCGCUUAUGUAUCCGACUUAUGCCGGAAAACGAUCAGAACUUAAGAAAGACGAUAUUAAUGGGAUUCAAAUGCUUUACGGACCAAAUGAUCAAAAGGAUACCUCAUAUCUUGAUGUUAACGAAAGACGAAUACCUAAAGUGUUGUCUUCAGCACCUGACUUAUGUACAGACUUCAGAAUAGAUGCCGCAGAUUGUAAUGCAUUGGAUGAAUGUUUUUUCUUCAGAGAUGAGUAUAUAUGGCGUAUUAAUGACGACACCGGUGUAUAUCCAGGUUAUCCCAAACGAAUAUCUGAUAUAUUUCCCGGUGUUAUCGGCAAAGUUGAUGCAGUAAUCACUGAUCAGAACAGUGGAAGAACUUAUAUCUUCAAAAAAAAUAAAGUUUGGGUUUUUAAAGAACCAAUGAAUAAACCAAUUAGAGCUAAGGAUUCAAUUAAUAAUUUGAUUAGAGGUUUGGAUACUAACUCAUUAGAUGCUGCAACUCGUUGGGGAUUUAAUGGCAAAAUUUACUUAUUUAAAGACGAUAAAUAUUGGAGAUAUGAACCCGAAAGAGUAAGUUAUCCAAUAAAUAGACGAUAUCCUCAAUCAACACAAGCGUGGAGAGGACUUCCCGACAAAAUAGAUGCCGCAAUGUUUUGGCCCAAAACGGGAAAAACUUAUUUUUUCAGUGGUUCUCAAUAUUAUCGGUUUAAUGAUAUAAUAAGUUCUGUCGACAGCGCUAACCCUCCCUUUCCAAGAGAUGCCUCCAAAUGGUGGCUUAAAUGCCAAAAGAGUUCAUUUAAGUCCGAUUUAAUGGACAACAAAGACAAUUCUCAAUUGAAUGAAUCUAAUGAUCCGAGUGGUCAACCAUUCUUUGAAAAGAUUUCUAAAUUUAAGACAAUUGAGGAUACAAUGGAUUGUAUGGUUAAAAUGGUGCUAUCAGUGGAGCACAUGUAUGAUGUGAGUACAGUAUGA